AUGCACCUCCACCGGCGGCUCGGCUGCGAGCACCUAUACCCGGACGAGCUCAAGGACUUGACGCCGGUCGAGGAGAAGCUGAUCGCCCUCAACUCGUGCUACGGCUUCGUGACAAAGUACAGUAUUCCCGGCGGCCAGAGGCAGAGCGUGAGGUACCCGAGGCACGUCAAGGGCCACAUCACAGUAUUCCCAAACGACGUCCAGGGGCUCGCGACCAAGGUGCUCCAGCACCCGCUGCUCCGGGUCAUGGACGAGAUCCACGUCUCGUGGCAGGGCGCCGAGAGGCCCGGGCCGCGGGACCUGUCGGGCCUGCUGUCGGUGCGGCGGCGGGCGGUCGAGAGGGCGCUGGCGUGGCUCAAGGAUAACAACCCGCUGUACGGCGAGGUCGAGAUCGACACGGCCGAGAUGGACAGCUGGGGGGAGCCGGCGCACGGGGUGCCGGCGGUUGUGCUGGAGCGGCUGGAGCGGGACGAGCCGUCGGCGCGAGAGAGAACGCAGACGGCGCACGUGGUGCCGCCGACGGAGCGGGCCCUCGACGACGAGGGCGCCGUCGAGAUUGAGGAGGUGCUCGCGAUGCUGAGGCAGGGCCGGGACCCCGCAGAGGGCAGAGGGGACGUCGCGCUCACACGAGAGGGCGAGGGUAGCGGCGAGAACGCAGAAGACGCUAGGCCCGAAGAGGAUGGGGACAUCAUCAAUGAGGUAACGUCGUCGAGCAUGUUCCCCCUCGACGGGGCGCCCGACGUGGCGGACGCCGACAAGAUCCGGUUCGCCCGCGAGGCCAUCGGGCUUACAGGCCCGAGGACGUGGGUUAGUAUGGCAGCCGGAGAAGCGGCGGGUGGCAGCGGCCGCGGCGGGGAUAGCGAGGCCUAUAUACAGGUGCGGCGCGGCGAAGACUUUGCCGACUCCGCGGACGCGUCCUUCUUCGCCAAGGCCUUCCCGACCCUCUUCCCCUUCGGGCUAGGCGGCCCGAGGCUCGCCGACGAGGCCGGCGCGGGCGACGGCGCGGCCCCUAGCGCCGGCCCACGGGGCGCCGAGGCGGAGCAGGUCGCAGAGAGUCUCACAUCGACGCGGAACAUGAGGCUAAGAGCGUGGGCCGAUAUUGUGCUACGGCGCCACGGCGGCCGGUUCGCAACACACCCCAUCUUCGCCUUCCUCGUCUUCAAUAUGAGCGUGCGGUCCAGGAACCGCCAGGCCAGUAUGCUAGGCAUGACGAGGAAGAACUUCCCAAUGGUCGAGAGGCUGCUAAAGUCGUUAACGGCGCAGAGACUCGAGGCGGCGAGGGUCGAGCUCGAGGCCACGGGUAAGACAGGCGACGAAGGGGUGAAGGAGCUGCUACGGUCCCUAUCGGUGUUUGGGCAUCGGCAGCCGAUGUCGAGGGAAAGCCGGCUUAGCAUGCGGAAGAAGAUACUUUCGCUUAUCAUUAGGUAG